CGUUUAUUCCCCCUUUUUUCACAUUCUGUCACAUUAAAACCACAAACCUCUGUGAAUUUUACUGGGAUUCUACGUGAUAAAACAACACAGUUUUCAUUUUAUGUGUCACCAGUAAAAAAAAGAAAAAAAGAAGUCUGACGAAACGUGGCCUCUAAUCGUUUUAUUAGCCUCACUGAGGCACGUCUGAAGGGUGAAACUUUCACCCACUUGUCUUUGCCAAAUAGCUCAAGGUCAGUCAUCUUUUUUUAUUAUUUAUUUUGGAUAUUCAAAGUGAAUAUCAGGUCCAGCGUUAAAUGCCGUUUAGAAAUGAAAGCUUAUAGAUCUAUGAGAGGGUCCACCUGGAUUAUUAUUCCAAUGCUGUGAUAUCACUUGAAAAUAAUCGCCGCACAACAGUAUUAUUGUUUUAUCGCAAUAACUUCUGCGACAAUUGCAGCAAAAUUUAUUGGGACAGGCCUAGUUCUAUAAUGUGGGUAUAAUUACAAAAAAUUUUAUCAAGAUUAAAAAGAACCAGUAGACUUUUGUAGAUUUGAAGAAUGCUGUUUUGCAAACAAAAUAAUAGCCCGCUAGUGGAAUAAUAUACAAAGACCAGAACUAAACAGAUGGCUUUCUACAGAACUUCCAUUAGAGAAAAUUAAAACCAACAAAUUUACUUUUGUAAUUUUGUUUCCCUAUGAGAUGUACUGAAAGAGAAUGUAAUUCCUUAACCUGAUCCCCAGUCAAGAAUUGCAUUAUACAGGUUGUGUAGGGGAAACUUGGUUUACAUUGUUUAUUCCAAGCAAGUAAUUAUUAAGUUGUUACUGGUGUCAUUUUUUAUGCAGUGAAUAGAGUUUUAAAAAACAAUGGGUGAAAAAAAAAAGCUUUUGCACAAUCUUCCCUCUGAUCUCUCCACUACGGCAGGUUGUUUCAGUCGAGUUUUUGAAAAAGGAGGUAUAAAUGAGGUAAAGACAAAGGCACACCACACUUUUAAGAUUUUAUUUGUCAAAAAAUCUAAAAUGUUUUAUGCACAUGCAUAACUUUCCUUCCAUUUCACAGUUAUACACUACUGGGGGUUGGUCUACCAUAGGAAAAAAAACAAAAAAAAAAACAAUAAAAUACACUGAGAUGUGAUUCCAACCUGAUUAGACAGGAAUAAGUUUGAAGGGACUGAACAAGAGAUAUUUUCGGAAGCACAUGGAGAAUAAUUUCCCUGAGAGAACAUCGGGUUCUGGUUGGUGGACUCAGGAAUUUACCAGCGGCGCAUGUAUGCUGGGCAGAAGGCGGAAAAAGGGAGGGAAAAAGAAAACAAGAAACGAGAAGUGAAAGAAGGAGUAGCAGAGAGGAGCCGGGCCCCGUCGGUGUUGUUCUUAAUAUGUUCUCCUUCACGGCCAUGUUGUGGGGAAUGCGCGGCCCUGAGGCCACGAACGUUGUGCAAAGAUGUGAUCUUGCAAGUUCAAACCCAGCUGCCUCCCCUCGACCCAAAACACCCACCCCAUAGCUACUGACUCACACACACACUUACACACACACACGCACACACACACACACACUGCAGCGCAAAAGCUUCCUUCCUGUUGCUGGUUUAGCCCAGUUUAGAAGCGUGAUAAGAGCGAAAGAAUUAAGAUAUGUGAAACAGAGAGACUUGAGCUCAGAUACCGAUGCUGUCUUCUUUUUCCACUCUAGGCAAAGUUCAGUCAGACCACAGGACAGUUCACCGCCCCCCGCCCACCACCCCUCCACUUCCUCAUCAAGAAUCGAAGCAGAGCAACAUGAGUUUCCUGUGACGCCACUCUGUCUCUGGUCAAUUAGUGUAGCUGUUCACAUCACUCCUCCACAAGACGGGCUUCUGAGCGCAUCUGCAGCUCAGCGGAGAGUUCCUCCGCAGGAAAGAUCCAGCAACACCUUUCUGCUGGUUCGGAUCCUCCUCGCCGGAGGGGCCUGUGAUGUUGUUUCCAUGACGUUGGAGUUGCUUCAGGACACGCAGCCAUGCUUCAGCAGCCGGAGCUCAUCUUUGACUUUGCCAGUGACCACUUCAGCUCAUCGCAGAUGGGGAUGUUUUCAGAUUACCCUGCAGUGGUGGUGGAGGAGGUCCCCCAUCAACACCUGCUGACAUACACCGGUCUGAUGGGUGAACAGUCACAGACAGAAGAUCACCACGAGCUGCUUAAAGUGGAGCCAUGUGAGAGUGGCGAGGAGGAGACCAUGGAGACGCUUGUUGCUGCUGACUCGCUCCUUGACAUGGACUGCGUUGACACGCUCUCACUGGAGCAGCACUACUCCCAGGCUUUCCUCCCGUCACUGAGCGAUGUCAUCACCGCUCCCGUUACCCAGGUAACCGUGUCUGCCGAGGGCGUUGUGGGAGCCGUUGACCAGUCGCAGUGGCACUCGUUACACAAAGAGAGACCUGCGGCGCAGCUGCAGUCUAGAAAGAGGAGUAAGAAACCUCGACAUCGGAGGGCAGAGUCUCCUACACCGGAUAUCAAAGUAAAGAAGGACAAAUAUAACAAAGGAGGGAACACCCUCUACCUGUGGCAGUUUCUGAUGGAGCUGCUGCAGGACAGACAAGUCUGUCCUCGCUACAUCAAAUGGACCGACCCGCAGGCAGGCAUCUUUAAGCUGGUCAACUCCAAAGCCGUGGCCAGGCUGUGGGGCAAACACAAGAACAAACCAGACAUGAACUAUGAGACCAUGGGAAGAGCACUCAGGUACUACUACCAGCGGGGCAUCCUGAACAAGGUGGAGGGCCAGCGCCUCGUUUACCAGUUCACCUCUCUUCCCGUGAACAUGGUGUACAUCACAGAUGGAGAUUGCGGCAAAGAAGAAGAGGACUACGAUAUUGACAAAAGCGGAAACGACGAGGGGCUGAGCGACGGUACCAUCUCCAGCGACCAGUCUGCAGAGUACGAAGAAGCGGACGAGGCGGAGGAAGAAGAGGACGAGGAGGACUUCCAGCCGCCGCUGAAGAAAACCUCGUUGGUCUCUCCACGAGCCGCGGUGGCGCAGCGGCCCAGACCGACCGCCAAGCAGCCGGCUCAGCGCGACACCGUCCUGCGGCCCACCGGCGCCAGCCUGAUCCAGGAGCAGCACCUGCCCAUCGUGUCGGCCGAGAUGCUGAGGACGCUGCAGAACCUGCAGAAGGUCCGAUCGCUGCAGCCGGCCGGGCAAGCGUCUGUCUUCCAGACGGCCCAGCUGCUGGGGAGCCUGUGCGAGAGGCAGGCUGCGUCCGAGACGGCGACGGACGCCGGCAAAGGGGCGCAACACAAGUCGCACGCAGAACGCCGGAACGCCCCGUAUUUGGUGUCUCCCACGACCUCCGACCAAUAAACACAUCCAGCCUCCGCUUCAUACCAAAUACGUUCACUCCACUGACUCAGGAACUCUUCCACAGCUGUACUUUGCUGCAUCGACGUCUGAACGCCAGGUAAAGCCGUCAAUCAUUUAAGCGAGGCACCAAUUAGACGACUCGCCGCGUCUUUAUUCAGACUACAAUCACGGCAAACCAAAACCAACUCAAUCGUCCCUUAGAAGACGUUACACCCUGUUGUAUUUUCUAUCAACAAGCUACUCAAGAAACCAAAGACAGACAUGCACUGGAACCCGCAGCCUCUCUGCACCUUCUGCAGAUCCUUUUUGCUUGCACUUCCACUUCAGGCUUUCCUGGAGUCAUUUAUCAUGCCAUCACUUCUUCGUCAACCUUUUUAUUUUUAAUUUAAUGUACAAUCACAC